CCAACUUUGCGGUGCGUCUCUGCGGGAGGAGCGGAGCGGAGGAGCGGCCCUGUGCGGUUCGUGAUGCCGCUGAGCCGGGAAGCAGGAGCCGCGGACAGCGGGCAGCGGGGUCUGCGGAGCCCGGAGCCCCGCGGCGAGGAGACGGGCUCCGGCCCCGCGGGGUGUCGCCUCUGCGGCCUGGUGAACUGGAGGCAGAGACCGUGCACGACCUCCGCGCUGUGCGCUGCAGUCAACACGGUGAUGUGGUUUGUGGCCUUCAGCUCUUUCAGGGCCUACAGCCUCCUGGCCGUCCUGCUGGCCGUGCUGGUUGUCAUGGUGACCGUCAGAGACGUUGUUCGGUCCAGAUACACAGGAGCUCACUUGUGGCGCAGCAUGACUGCAAGCUGGGAGAUCAUUGACUCAGGCCAGGAUGGCCGGUCUGGGACUGGACCUCAUCUCAGCGACUCCCUCAAACUUUUCCUCCAGGAGACCUCGGCUUUCAAGCAGCAGAACCCGGGCAAGUUUUGCCUGCUGGUUUGCAGUCUGUGCACCUUUUUUGCUGUCGUGGGACGCUACAUUCCAGGGAUUGUCAUCUCGUAUAUUCUCGUGCUCGGCGUCUUCCUGUGGCCUCUGAUUUCAACUCAUGACAUUGGUUUGUGGCUGGAGCCAGUUCUGCAGAAGCUGGACUUUGGCAUUGGAGAGUUCCUUCAGAAAAUCAAAGAAAACCACGAGAAGAGAAUCCUGCAGACUCUGACUGAGAAGGAGGGCGUCGAGUCAGACCUGUCCUCCAUGUUUCCUCAGCUCGACUCCACAGUGUGUAAGGAAAUGUCCGUAUCGGACACAGAAGUGUCUGAAGUGACGUGGACGGACAACGGCACUUUCAACCUUUCAGAAGGACACACACCACAGACGGAGAACUCAGAGGACCUCGACAGAGAGGAAGCGUUCAUCGGUGGCCUCCAAGAAUUCCCCUCACUUGACAACGGCGCAACGACCAAUGGCGAUGAUGACGACGACCUCGGCCUUCCCUUGCCUGAGCCUCAGCAGCUAAUCAAAUCCAAGCAUACACCCCUUCCUCACAAAGACCAACCCAGCGACAAAGCGCUCGAAUUGGUCAACCAGAUGGCGGGAGACUUCAUCGCCGCAGCGGUUACAGCUGCCAUCCAGGAGAGAAUAGAAGCAGCGGUUGGCUUCACGGCACUGAGCAACGACACGGAUCGGUCAAGACUCCAGGAGUCCACCAGGCUGCUAGAGUUAGCCGAGGAGUCGGACAGCGAGGUGGAGGACUUUGAGCUGUUGGACCAGUCGGAGCUGGAGCAACUCGAGGGGGAGCUGGGGCUGGGAGAGAAGAAGACCAAGGUCGAAGAGGAGACAAAGGCCAAGACGGACGAGUCGACCUCAACUGGAUUCUUCACCAAACUCCUCAGACGCCACUGAUUGAUGAUAGAGUAGGAUGGCAGGGCAGGAGGAGGAGUUACAGCGGACAAGGGGGAGGGAGAGAAGGGGGGCGUUCUGGUCACAGAAACCUCGGGUGUUAUGAGAAAAUAAUGUUUCCAUUAAUCUUUGCAGCCCAAUGCCGAGAUCAGACACACAAUGUCCGACACUGUUGCUUGUUUUAUCCUUCGUCGCAUCACAAAGAACAUAACUCACCAUAACUCAAGUCAAUUAAGAUUCAAAGGUCUCGUGAUAGUGGGAAGAAAAUGGACAAUAAUAAUAUUCAUGAGUUAGUUGAUGAGUGAAUGAUCUCCUGAAUAAUCCGCCAUGUGCACCGUCAUGUUUCUACAGUAGCCCAGAGCGGACAAACCAAACACUGGUUCUAGCCUCUCACAUGUCGACGUUACCUCUCUCACGAGGUUAGGGGGAAUUCGCUUGGUUGAAAUCUGCUGCUUACUCCACUAGAUGGCACUAAAAACCCGACACACUGAACCUGGAAAUCAUUAAGUUGCAUUAAUAAAUAAGUAACGAAGGUGACCACGCUGUUCCUUCUGUGUGUUUACUCAUCAGUUGCUGUGGUUACCGUCGUCUUUUUACAGCACCUUCGAUCGUAUUUUAAAACUUUAACGUAGUUGUAAGUAAAUGAGGGAAUUUGAAUGUGUAUCACAGUUUAUUUCAACAUCAUCUGGUGAGUUAUUAGCAUCGCACAUUUUUAAAAGCCCCAUGACGCUGAAAAUUAUGAAUUUCUCUCUUGCGUCCCAAUCAGAAGGAUUUCUGCAAUUUUUUACUUCCUCCUCGUGACUAUAAAUUCUGACAGUUAGCGCUCGGUAGCUACGCAGUGCUUUUCAUCGGUUGAAUCCGAAGUCGAAGGUGGCGGCGAGAAGUCGUCAUGACGCUCCACGUUGAGCGGCUGGUUACUGUCGACUCAUGUUAGCAAACAUGUAGAAUCCAGCGGCGCUCUGACAAACGUGUCCCGGGCUUUAACUCUGUAACUAAAGAUUUCCUCAGUUGUCACGAAGAGUGAAAAAAUAUGAUUUAUUGACAAUUCAUUUCGUGUGUGCACUUGAUAUAUAAUUAGUUUAUCAAAUAAAACAAAAUAAUCUUUAGCAAGAUUACGACUGUGUGGACGAAUCAUCCGUUAACUUUUUAAACACUUGAAAUGUCCCUUAAAUCUACUUACAACUCGUUUACGGUUUCUUAUAAAACUUUUAAUGACGAUACAUUACUGAUGAAUGCUGGGUUCAAAUACAGGGUUAGAAUUACGUGCUGCCCUUUAAAGGUAUCGAUAUUAUCUUUAUAUUUAAAACAGGAAACAUUUCCCUCAAUGUCGGGGAACUCAAGCUCGACUCAAUAUGUAGCGUAAAGAGCAGCACAGUAUAAAAUGUACGUUAACCGCUGAGCUGAGACUGAAAGAAACAACCACACACUUCACUAUUCACGCUGAUGCUGAACUGAUUCAUUCAACUACAUUUACCCACAAUUCCACAAACAUCGACAAGACAAUUAGUCAAACAAAACAAUCAUCUUUUCUGCAGUUCAUACUCCUACUGGUCGAAUUGUUGAGUUAAAAAGUUGUAUUUUUAUUAUUGUUUUAAAUUCUAACGGUAGUUUCUCUAUAAAACACGUAGAGUUUUAUCCACUGGUGUGUUUACAUUAUAAAACCAGAUCCCGACAUCGAUAUGAUGCGUCUGUGUUGUGGUGCCAUGAACAGAUAUUAAAAUCCAACCUCACGUCACGGCACAGGUAGAAGAAGUAUAAAUACAUUGAAAUACUUUAUAGUAACAUCAGGAGGGGGUCGUUGUUGUUUUUUUACAGUUGUCCAGACUGGACUAACUAAAUCUUUUGAGUUUUUAUGACAACCGAAGUAAUCACAGGUUGCAACAUGACACUUCACCACUAGAUGUCACUAAAUUCUACACACUGUACCUUUAAGUCACCUUGCCUGGGCUAAUCUAACCGAUCAUGUUUAGAGAACCGUAACAGUCGACUGUAACCGACCGACCCAGACACAGAAUACAUGUGAAGCUCUGGAGGCAUCGUCGUGUUCCAUCGGGACGUGAUCAUCACUACAAGUCGUGUUUCAUGCACUUUACGGUUCACACCCACCGCCUGCCUUUGAAACACGUUUUGCUCCUUUCUCAGCUACUUCAUGAACCCGUGAAGUUUCCUGCCGCUCACGUCGUUCACUGUGUGAUUCCAAAUGAGUGUAAAUGCACUGAGAGUUAAAUGUUGAGACGCUGAAUUUUCAUUUGCACCUUAAUGAUCAUUUAACGAUGCACCAGGUUGAGGAUUCGUCACGGAACGAGGAGGAGUGACUGAACUUCUUUUACAUGCCUUGUACAUGUUUAAUAUUUAACACGUGCAGCGAUGUUCAACGUAUCCUCUUGAAUUCAUGAUGUAAUGCUGUGUCCUAACAUAACUAUUAAGACGUGCUCAUCAGUGCCUCUGAGGGCUUUGUAGUGGCUGCAGUUUGUUUUUUGCUCUUGUGAAGUAACUGUGUAAGACAAAGACAACUUCAGGAUUCACCAACUCCGCUCAAGAAGCUUUUCAAAGUUUCCGACUAAUAAAACGGUUCAUUUUGUUCAUUAACCUUCCAGUUGUAUCAAGGUGGCUUCCAAGCACUUGCCGAGAAACACAUUGAGCCCGUUUCAGAAAGUUCUUGGUGGGUCGGAGACAAUAUGCAUUAACAAAAUGUACUUUUGUGUAUUUAAACUCGAGAACAUCAAUAAAAUGUUGUAAAGCCA